AGUUUCCACAUAAAAACAGAACAGGUUUGAUGUGUAUAAAUAUGGGGUAACUCUCCUAAGAUGCAAUUUGCAAAGCUUGAAUCUUCAACCUGGAAGCUUAGUGGUCUUGAUUAGCGGUUAUACGCAGUAUCCGAUAAACAAUGACAACUUCUUCCUUCUUUGCUCUGCUACUGUUGUCUCUCACUUUUUCAGAUUUGUUUCUGCAAAUCGGGGGCUUUAAUUUUGGAAUCAACUACGGACAAGUCGGGGACAAUCUUCCAUCUCCCUCUGAUGUGGCCGUUCUGAUAAAAUCUUUGAAAGUUUCUAAAAUCAAGCUCUAUGAUUCUAAUCCAGAUAUUCUAUCUGCAUUCGCCAAUUCAGGUGUGGAAUUCAUCGUAGGAACGAAGAACGAGGAUCUGCCUAGUUUGAGAGAUCCUUCUAAUGCUCAGAGGUGGAUUCAGCAGAAUGUUCAACCUUAUAUUUCACAAACUAAAAUCACUUGCAUAGCUGUUGGAAACGAGGUGUUCGACUACAAUAACCCUCAGCUCACAACAAGUCUUCUUCCCGCAAUGCAAAGUAUGCAUAAUGCUCUGGUUAGUCUUGGACUUGCACAGAAGGUUACUGUUACUUCUGCCCAUUCUUAUAAUGUUAUAGCCUCUUCAUUCCCUCCUUCAUCUGGGGCGUUCAAGCAAGAUCUCAUACAGUAUAUUCAACCCAUUCUUAACUUUCAUGCUCAGAUCAAAUCACCCUUCCUUAUUAAUGCUUAUCCCUUUUUUGCAUACAAGGGAAACCCAAAUCAGAUUUCCUUGAACUAUGUGUUGUUUCAGCCUAAUUCAGGAUCUAUUGAUCCAGUUACCAAUUUGCAUUAUGAUAACAUGUUGUUUGCUCAAAUUGAUGCUGUCUACGCUGCCAUUAAGAGACUGGGUCAUACUGAUAUUGAAGUAAAGAUUUCAGAGACUGGUUGGCCUUCUAAAGGUGGCCCUGAUGAAAUUGGAGCCACACCACAGAAUGCAGAAAUAUAUAAUAGUAAUCUGUUGAAGAAGAUAGAGCAGCAACAGGGCACUCCUGCAAGGCCUUCUGUCCCUGUUGAUGUCUUUGUUUUUGCACUUUUCAAUGAGAAUUUGAAGCCUGGUCCUUUAUCUGAGAGAAACUUUGGUCUCUAUUACCCUGAUGGAAACCCAGUUUAUAACAUUGGAUUAGAAGGUUAUCUCCCAGAAAUGACUGGGGAGUUUGACUCCAAAUCUAACGUGCUGUCCAUCAAUUUUGUCUGCAUAUUUGCAUUUUUGUUGUUCACUUGGGAGCUUUCAAGACACUGAUAAGGAAUAUAACAAAACAAAUAACUUUGUAGAAUUCAUUCUUUUGUUAGAGGUGAGGAAAAUUUUAGUACUGUCCAUAUAAUUUUUUAUUCACAAGUGUUGAUAUCUAUUUUCUCUUUACAUUACAAUUUCUGUAACUGUUGGAAACUGGUUACCGUAAAUAAUGAAACUAAAAUUAGUUGGAGGUAGUUGUCUUUUUUAUCCUUCGGUUGCAAGAAAAGUAAUUCAGCUGGUGAGCCUGUAAUGAUCAAUGUUUAUAUUAUGAUAGGAAACUAGUAAUGAUGAGGGGCAUAAUUAGAUGGAAAAAAGAAUUCAAAAGUGUAUUUGAUUCCAUCAAGUUAUUCUUUGACUUUUUGACAAUACUAUGCUAAAUAUGUAAUCGAAGCAGAAGCACAGGGUGUAAAAGUUUGUGCCUAAAUGGUAUCUUUUUAUGCAGAAGCUGUCAAAUGCUGUCCAAUUAGUGCUAGUGCAUGCACCCCCAGAAAACCUUAUUUUCUUCACCGUGCCAUUAAAAAAAUGAUGAUGGGUCUCCACCUUCCUUAUCUCCCACUUGCAAUCAUGCAUGUGAAUCUUCUGGUGAAUGAAAUUCUCCUUGUCUUCAGCUAUACAAAAGUCCAAUUUCUGUUUUAUCAAACGUGAAAGAAAGCCCUCAGGUUCCCUCUUGACAGAUAACCCAACCCUGUGAAUUUUGUCCUUGUUUCUCAACCUUAUCUCAUAUGUGGCUUCUCAUUCUGCCAUAAAACCCUCUGUACCGUCCUUUCUUUUAAUGAUUGAGGUUAAUUUUUAUCUACUAUCAAAGUAAAAAAACACUGUCCAUAAAUUAAAUUUUAGUUGUGGAAUUGUAAUGUCUGUUAUCAACAAGGGCUGCUGUUGAACAGUUUGAGAGA